UGCCGGGUUGCAUUUUCGUCUCUCUCUUCUCAGCCCGAGACCUCUCCUACAUAGCCCGCUAACCCCCACCUAGGCCCAACCAACCUCCCAUCUCGACUGGUCCGUUGGAUCGCGAUCGGGUGCUCCGAAACGCUCCAAAUAUCCCCCUAACACUAAACCUGCCUAUUUAAAACCACAUCCCCUUCCAAAUCUGGCAGCCUAGCCUCCCCUACCUCUAGCCUCCCACCUCCUCCUCAAAUUCUGCACACAGCCGCUGUCCCGCCGCCACUUGUCGCGCCUCCAUCAGCCAGCGCCGCCGCAGCCGCCGCCCUCCACCAACAGAAGCCCGCCACAUGUCCCAACCCGCGGCCUCCACCGCCGUGGCCCGCCGGGCCCAGUUGCGGCCCGCCCAGGCCCGCGCGGCCGCCCGAAUGCUGCCGUUCGUCCCUCGCGCAAUCCCGCGCCUCCUCCUGCUCGACCCCGAGCUGGAUCGAGGAAGCACCGCCAUCGCCCCUCCGGCCGGCGAGCCGACGCCGACGAGCCCCCUGCCGGUGACCACCAACAUGGAUAGGGCCUCCAUGGAGCUCGCCGCCUCGCGCCGGCGUGCACUGCCGGACGCCGCCACCACCGAAAACGGGCACCUCGCGCCCGGAUCCGUGCCUCUCCGCUCGGAUCUGCUCCCUCCCACCGGACCCCUGCGUCCCCUCGUCAUCCCGCCGCCGCCAUGGCCUCCUGCUCGCAUGGAGCAGAGGAGAAGGUCGGGCGAGCCCCUCUGAUGGGCCACCUCCCACGCCCCAGCCCAGAUCUGUCGGCCCGUAGGCCCAGGUUCCGAUAACAUCGCGUUUGUGAGGAUCCGUUCGACUACGUCUGUUUGUCUUCUUCAUG